AAAAAAAAAAUUUCAUUUCAGUUAAAAUUAAAAAAAUGUCUGAUAAUUAUUUCGAAAUUCAUAAAAAAGAAGAGUUUGAACAACACCUUAAUAAAGGAAAGUUGGUGGUUGUUGAUUUUUCUGCAUCGUGGUGUACACCCUGUAAAACCAUUGCUCCCGUCUUCAAAAAGUUUGCAGAAGAAAAAUUCACUGAUGUUAUCUUUCUUAAAGUAGAUGGUGAUGAAAAUCCAGAACUUACUGCUGAAUAUAAUAUCACAGCUUAUCCGACAUUCCUUUUAUUUAAGAAUGGAAAGAAGAUUGAAGGAGCUGAUGUUAUUGGAGCUGAUAGAAAUGCGUUGGAAACCGCAAUUAAAGAAAAUAAAUAAUUGAAUUUUUAUAUAUUAUAUGUGAUUUCCAAUUUCCUGAAUUCAUAUUUUAUUUUUAAAUAAAGUCCCAAGUACUGUAAAACAAAUUAGUUACAAUAAUUUAUAAUUGUCAACAUGUUAAGUUUGACAGUUAAUUAACAUAUUAUACUAUAAAUUAAAGUUUAAAUUUUUAUUUAUCAGUACGUCUCAAUGUCUUUUCUAAUUACUUUUUUGAGAACUAUACAUACUCCAAUGAUAUAUUAGUUAGCCAUCGGUUAUACGGGUUUGUUUUUUUCCUCACAUUUUAAAAUAUUUAAAUUUGAAAUGGUGAACAAAUAUUUUUUUACUAUUUUACAAAAUAACUACUAUUUUUAUUACACUAUUAAAAGAACAACAAUAAUAAAUACAAAUAAAGAUUUAUAGUGAAUUCUACUAAUAUUUUUCGGGGAAUUAUUUUUGGUAGAGAAAGGUAGUUUAGAAGAAACUGACAUUC